UUCCGCCGUGAUGACGUCACUAGCCACCUGUGGGUGGUGCAGGUUCUGGGAUUAGCCGUAGCCGCAGGUAAUAGUCGAACUCUCGCAGUCUCGGCGACUGAACUCCCUAACUUUUCCCCAAAAAGAGCUAAAAGUUAGUGAACCGUACCAGGUUAUGUUUUUGCCUCUCAUGUUUGUCAGGUGUGUGUUUGUGGUUAAGUUGAAGUUAAGUCACCUGAUAGAAAAAAAAGACCGGCAGUGAACACGACAGGUUUUUGUUUUCUCCGUUUGAAACGCUGGCACUGGAGUUUUCUACGCAAGACUUCCGUGGUUUUGAAACUGAACGUAAAAAUAGUGUGGAAUAAAAAGACGACAUUUUUUCCUCUUAUGCGGUCCCAGGCCUUUUGAGCCAUGCCUGGCCACAGCACAGGAGCUCCACAGGCGUCCCGCCACCACAAACACCACAGCUCCAGCUCCAAGCCGGAAAGAUACAAACACAAUCGGACUAUAUCCAGGGACAGCCAGGAGUCCUAUAAGGACACUCAUGGAGAGCAUCCACACGAGCACCACGCUGUACACACCCGGUAUUCAGAGAAUAAGCACAGCCGUAGCCGAGGCCACCCACGAAACGGCACGCCACGCGGCUCAGAGACUAUAGGAUUUAUUCCUGGUUCUGCAGACAACACACCUACUACCAGACAUGCCUGUGGCUCCUGUGUCUCUGUGGGCUGGAGCAGCUGCAAGGCUCUUAUCUGCUGUGUGCUCACCUGUGGCGUUUAUGGCAGCAAAGAGCCCUGUGUGCCGGUCAACGAGAGCUCCACAGACCAUCCUCCGAAAUCGAGUAGUGAACCUAUCCCCUCUAAUGGCAUGGCAGUGACCAACCCAACCUGUGGCGUUCCUUUGGAGUCCACCAAGUCUACCAAAACAUCAAAGCUGCCUGCAAGCGACAGCUUCAGAUACCAUGACGUGCGCAUCGCUGGUCAGACGGUGACGUACCCCGUCACUAACUCCAAACGGAACCGCACACCCGGCAGGGGGGAAAGCCUGCGGCCCAUCAGCAACACCAGCCUGCUGUCCAUCGAGGAUUAUGAUUUAGACGACCUGAGUGACACGGGCACCGACAUUGACUCUCUCAUCACUAAGAAGCUACUGGAGCUCUACGCCCUGCACCAGAUUGACCAGCUGGCAAAGUGCACAUCUGAUUCCUCUUUCUCUCGCAAGACCAAUGAAAUUAGCGAGCUGAUCUACACUAUUGCCCAGGAUUACAACCUGGAGGAGCAGGAGGCCGAGUGCAAGCUGGUGCAUGGAGUCAUCCGCAUCAGCACACGAAAGGGAAAAAGAAACAAGAGCCAUCAGUCCACAGGCCAGCGGCCCAACGGGAGGAGUGACGGGACUCUACCGGACAGUGGCAACGAGACCAUGACCAACACCUUUAGCAGUGACUUUCCUGAGGUGAAAGUGUCGGAGCAGACGCCUUCUGAUGAGAUAGCGAGGAACAUGAGACAUUACAGCGGGAAAACCUACUCGUCCAGUACCACGGCCUACUCAGCCUACCAUCAUGACACCGAAACAGACUCGUCAGGCGCUCCCCUGCUUCUCUAAAGGCCAACAAAAAUGCUCUAAAGGAACAAAAAUGCCCUCACUGACAAAGGAUGUAGCCCAACCAAUGUAGAUGGGACAGAUGUUUUAUUUUCCUGCUGUCAUUUAUGCUGUUACAGAGAGGAGCACCUCUCGGGGAGCUGCACUUCUCCUUUCUUUAAAGUGCCUUCCCGUUUCCUGGUAGAGAGUCGUUUUGCAGCAAACGCCCAACUGAGAAAACGCAGAGACAGAUAAAGUGUUUGAGCAUUAGUUUCCUCCUGUUUAAAGCUGUGUUCCGAGAAUAAAAAAAAAACAUGCCGUGACUUCUGGGAGCCAGAGCAGUCGACAUAACCGUCCCCGUUCUUGCCUGUGAUUAUAUGUUCAAGCCUUUGUGCACAUGCUGCAUGUGUGUGGACUCACCGACUCCUGCCAUUUAGACUUCACAGAGGAGCGUGUUUGGAUCUGAACUUUGUUUUCAUAAGCCAUAUUUUUGAUAUACAUAUUAAUCCAUUUGUAGCAUGUGGCCAAAACCUUUUUUUAUUCAAAUAAGUCAUGUUUUUAACAAAAUAAAAAUUUCAGAGCUUGUUGGGGCUUCUUCAUGUGUUCAAUAAUUACACGGGAUCCACAAUUCAACACAGUCAACAGUUUUAACCUGGUGUUUUGUCAAUAAAAGGAAUAAUAUUAAAAAAACAGUUAUGGUUAUGAAUAAACAGGGUGUGGACAAAUACAGGUGAGAUGCGACAGUUAAUCCAAGUAUCUGUUUUAAUGCUGUGACUGUUUAUCUUAGAUGUCAUCAUGAUACUUAAUGUUUAAAAGAUCUUUCAGCAAAAUGUUUUUUUUUCCUUUUGUAUCUUUACUGAAGCCACUUCUCCGCUUGUCUACGUCCAGCUAAUACGGGUCCAUUAGCAUGCCAUUAUUCACUUUAUCUCAUUAAAUCUGAUUCUGUGCUGCAGCUUCAUCGGUCCACCUUCUCUCCUUUUCUCUGGGAUUAUUGUUGUUAAGCUUUCCUCCCUAAGGUCACUGUGUUUUACCACUCAGGCUUUUUCCGCCCUCAGCAAAAGAAGGAACAAGUUUGGCUGGUUUUGAAAAAAAAAAAAAGAAAUAAAAUCCCAGGGUUUGUCUUUGUCAUGUAUUGCAAAGAGGAAGUAGCAGUGUUGAAAAUCACCCAGAUUGCAGGAGUUUGUCAUCUGGAUCAAACAAACAGCAGUGUGCUGUUUUUCAUCCUUUUUUUCUUUUUUUUAAUUAGCUUGCCUAAGGUCACAUGUCUCUUGUUGCAUCUGCCAACUGUAAAGAAUGUGCAUAUAUUUGAAGCUAAUAAAUGUUUUCUGAUGUUUCCUGCGUUCAUAGUAA